GACUUCUAGGAGGAUGUUUCUGAGACCGUUCACAUUGAGACAGUCUGUCGACGGAGCACGUGCUGUUGACUUGACCAUGAUUCAGGAUUCUCCAGUUAAACCUCCUCUCGUAUACAUAAAUAAGUUGGUUCGUAUAACACGUGGUCGGAUCAUCCGAAAGGGUCUACUAGUUCGCACCCCGUAUACAAAUCCACUCAGAGGGAGGGCAAAACGACAACUCAGGACGAUUCCAUCCUCUGCGUCAGACCGUGAGGAAUCUUUCCUUACAUGGUAUACCAGAGCUGCGGCUUCUGACACACAUGAUGUGUACUUCAUAGGAUCAAAGUCGAAGGACAGUUUCUGGAGGCUUGUUGUAGAGUUACGCGAGUGGUUGACCGACGAUGACGAUCACCAGUCGACUAUCUCACAGCGUUAGACGACUGCCCACACAUUCUUCGGAGGCCAUAUUAAGAUGACCUAGAAAAGUUGGCAGACCACACCGAUUGGUGAGUUCGAGUUUUUGGGGCUCUUAACGAGGAUGGUUGAUGCAGCGUACACCCCGAGAUUGUUGUACAAACCAUGGGGGAUGAUCGAUUAGGUUUUCAUCCCUAUAAACUUCGAGAACGCACAUUGGGUUGCCGGAG